AUGUCUGAUGAAGAAUCAUUAUUCGAUUCGAGUGGUUAUUUUGAUAUAUCAAUACCACUGAGCCUGCUGCUAGGAUUUGCUGAAGAUUAUAAUAAAAUAAUUAUCAAUGCAAAACAUGAACUCAUCCUAAUAAAAGCAAAUAGUGAUGUGAAUGCCUGUCUACAAGAACAACCUGCGGAAGGAAAAAGUGGCGAAAAAAUACAAAUUAAACUUCAAAAAGUGGAAUGGAUUGUUCCAUAUAUCAAAGUGUCUGAUAAGCAGAAAAUUCAACUUUUAAAUUACAUUGCCAAGGAUCCAUCCAUAGCAAUCAGUUUUCGUACAUGGGAAUUGUACGAGUAUCCACUAUUACCUGUAACUACAAAACAAAAUUGGAGUGUGAAAACAUCAACACAAUUGGAAAAACCGAGAUACAUAAUUUUAGGCUUCCAAACAGGACAAAAAAACUCUGUAACAAACAAUUCAAGUGUUUUUGAUCAUUGUAACUUGCGUGAUGUUAAGCUGUUUUUAAAUUCACAAUCAUAUCCUUAUGGAAAUUUAAAUAUUGAUUUUGCCCAUAAUCAAUUCUCAUUAUUAUAUGAUAUGUUUGCAUAUUUCCAAGCUUCCUACUAUUACACAGAAACACCACAACCAUUAUUUACAAGACAAAAAUUUUUGGAAGAAGCUCCACUUAUUGUCAUAGAUUGUUCAAAGCAUAAUGAAUUUUUAAAAUCUGGACCAGUAGAUAUUCGACUCGAAUUUGAAUCAACAACACAAUUUCCAGCUCAAACAUCAGCUUAUUGUUUGAUUUUACAUGAUCGAAUUGUUGAAUAUAAUCCAAUUAGUGGUUCAGUACGCAAGCUCGUUUAA